AUGGCCCUCCAUUACCCUCUAUCCUUUGCAGCUCUCAAUAAGCUCCUUCCCUCUGCUUCCUCCCCCAGACCACAUUCUGUCAUCCACCUUCUCAGUCUCUCAAUUUAUCUAUCUACCUCUGCCGAUUCAUAUCUAUCUAUCUAUCUCUCUCAGUUGAUUCAUAUCUAUCUAUCUAUACAUUAUUCAGACUAUUUGGAUAAAGGCGUUAUCUAUCUAUCUAUCUAUCUAUCUAUCUAUCUAUCUAUCUAUCUAUCUAUCUAUCUAUCUAUCUAUCUAUCUAUCUAUCUAUCCCAUCUUAUCUAUCUAUCUAUCUAUCUAUCUAUCUAUCUAUCUAUCUAUCUAUCUAUCUAUCUAUCUAUCUCAGUCUGUUCAUAUCUAUCGAUCGUGUUUUUACAUUCCCCAACAAUAGAUCUUUCUUUCUUUCUUUCUUUCUUUCUUUCUUUCUUUCUUUCUUUCUUUUGCCACCUGCUCACCAAUUUCUUCUUUGUUUCUUCGUUGCGCAGACGAAACUAA